AUGGACACUCUCAACGACCCUCCUACCCAAUGGCCAUGGCUUGAGAUUUCGAUAUUUGUUUUGUCGAUCGUUUUUGUCUUCGCUGCCUUCAAGAUUAUAGUCCUCAACGAUGACGAGGAAAGACUCGUUGAAUUGGUAGUCCCCGUGCCUGAGCAAUGUUCUCCGGUGUGGAAGGGCGAAGUUCUAGAAGAGCCUACGAUCAAGGUACCACCCUCUUCAACACCGUUGCACGUAAGCCAACAAGAGUCACAGAUAUCGGGAUCGAGCGCCAUACGAUGCUAUUGUCCAGCCAACGGCCGACUACUCGGGCUUGUGAACCCUUCCACGCCUGAUGGAAUUGACAGAGCGAUAGCCAAAGCCAAGGAAGCUCAAACAGAAUGGGCGAGAACAACGUUCAAGCAACGACGGAGGGUACUCAAGACGAUGCUGAAAUACAUCCUCGACAAUCAAGAUACCAUAGCUACCGCAGCAUGUCUAGACUCCGGGAAGACCAAGGUCGAUGCAUCUCUUGGGGAGAUUUUGGUCACCGUGGAAAAGCUGAAGUGGACUAUACAGCAUGGAGAGAAGUCAUUGAGGCCGGAGAGGAGACCUACGAACUUCCUCAUGAUGUACAAGUAUAAUGAGGUCAAAUGGGAGCCCUUAGGAGUCAUCGCUGCCUGUGUUAGCUGGAAUUAUCCUUUCCACAACUUCAUGGGUCCCUUGAUAUCCACUCUUUUCACAGGCUCUGCCCUCGUCGUCAAAGCCUCCGAGUCUACUGCGUGGUCGACUCAGUAUUUCGGGACUAUUGCCCGUGCAGCCCUGGUCUCUUGCGGUCAUUCUGCCAAUUUAGUCCAGCCCGUGCUUUGCUGGCCGCAGACGGCGUCCCAUCUCACGUCUCAUCCGGGCGUUAGUCAUGUAACUUUCAUCGGCUCUCGCCCUAUCGCCCACCAUGUUGCCCUCUCCGCCGCCCGCUCCCUUACUCCUCUCUGCCUUGAACUUGGCGGCAAAGAUCCUGCCAUACUCCUCGAUGAUGUGAAGAAUCUUGAAAAGGUGGCUAGCAUACUCAUGCGAGGUACUUUUCAAUCAGCUGGGCAGAACUGCAUUGGCAUUGAGCGUAUUAUCUGCCUCCACAGAAUCUGGCCCCGAAUCGUGACGAUCCUCGAAUCUCGGAUCAGGGCUUUGCGUGUAGGCUCUGCCCUCGACGACCCCAAUGAUGUGGAUGUUGGAGCCAUGGUUUCGGAUUCUCGCUUCGGGCACUUGGAGAAGCUUGUGACUGACGCCGUCAACCAAGGAGCAAGAUGUCUUGUUGGUGGCAAAAGAUUCGUGCAUCAUCGAUAUCCGAAAGGCCACUACUUCCAGCCUACAUUGCUUGUCGAUGUCACAACUUCUAUGCGUAUAGCGAACGAAGAACUUUUCGCACCUAUCUGCGUUAUCAUGCGGGCUGCUUCACUGGAUGAGGCGAUCGGCAUGGCAAACUCCACUCCUUACGCCCUCGGCGCUAGUGUUUUUGGAACAGCUACCAAGGAUUUGGAGAGAGCGGCAAAGGAGAUCAAUGCGGGCAUGAUCAGCAUCAACGAUUUCGCCGUCUACUACGCAGUCUCCCUGCCUUUUGGCGGCGUCAGAGGUAGUGGCUACGGAAGAUUUGGUGGAGAGGAAGGAUUGAGAUCAAUCAGCAAUACAAAAGCUGUCUGUCGAGAUAGAUUUCCGGGAUUGAUCAGCACUUCAAUUCCGCCAGCGUUGGACUAUCCAAUCGAAGGGGCGCGAAGGGCUUGGGAGGUGUGCAGAGGCGUUGUUGAGCUAGGGUAUGGCAUCGAGAUGUUGAGGAGGGCUGGAGGGCUAUGGAGGAUUGCCAUAACAGAUAACCCCUGCGUCUACUUCGCCCCCGAACUCAUCGCCGCCUACCCAGAAGCAAAAGUGAUCCUGCAAACCCCCGAUCUUGACUCGUGGUACACCUCCUUCCGCGCCACCAUUUUCGUAUUCUUGCACGAUUCAGUCAUAAAUUACCUAUGCGUUCUCGACAACAGUAUGGCCCAGUGGUGGCCCGUAAGCUAUCAGCUUCACUAUGCGGCUUUCGGGGGCUCUCACAAACGCGAGAAUGCGAUUUCUGUACAUCCGAGGUCGAUGGACAGGGUGAGGGAGCUGAUACCGAAGGAGGAAUUAUUGAAAUGGAAGGUGCAGGAUGGGUGGGGACCAUUGUGUGAGUUCUUGCGGCGUCAGCAACCAAAGGGAACGUUUCCUCGGGUCAAUGAAGGUGCGGACAAAGAGAGCGGGCUUGUGGGUGACUGCCCUUGGACGCGUAGGGACGGCGAUUUGUUGGGCGAUGAGGCUGCGGGAAAGAGAGUUAUUGUGCAGAAAGAAUGGCAGGGUCUAUGUAAUUAA